UCCGCUCGUCACUUCCGGUCCCGUGACGCGCGGGCAGGCGGGCUUUUUCCGGUCAGGGAGCGGGGCUUGGCUUCGGCGGCGAGCCAAUGAGAGGCCGCGCUCAGUUGAUCCAGGAGCGGCGGCGGAGGUUGAAGGACACUUGUUGCCGAGCAGCAGAAGCGCUUCACGGCUUGGUCUUCGUCAACAUCUCCGCUGCCUUCAGUCCAGGUGUUUGUGGUCAGGUUGGAUGUCUGCGUCGGCGUGUUUUCCGUGGAAGUGCGGACGCAUCGGUCAGCUCUGGGUCCUCCUCCUCACCUCCAUGCCCCGCCUCUUUGCAGGCAGGCUGAGUAACUGCAGCCACCCGCUGGUGCCGGAACACGGCGGCUUCCGCUGCGAGCCGUCGCCCUGCCGCGGUUUCCCCCACAGGAGCGCGGUCCGCGUGUUCUGCGAGGCCGGCUACCGCACCGACGUGUUCGCCGUCUCCCGGUGCCACCGCGGCGUCUGGAGGCCCCGCCUCCCCGCCGCCUGCGUGCGCGUGGAAGCAGGGGGCGCUCACAUGAACGUGGACAGCGGGUUCAACGUGGCGUCCACGGCGGCGGGCGUGUCCAUCUUCCUGCUCACCACCACCGCCUGUCUGGUGGUCAAGUCCCGCCUCUGCACCUGUCUGUCGCACAGCAGGCGGCGGCCGUCGGACCAGCUGGACCUGAUGGGGGGGGGGCUUCCUGUCCAGCUGCCGUCCUACGAGGAGGCGGUGUACGGCAGCUAUGGGCAGCGUCUCCCCGCCCGCUCGUUGCCGCCGGGCCCCACCCAGCUCCUGUUGGCUCGCGAGCCCCCCGGCCCCCACCCCUUCCCCGACCAUGCCCCGCCCUCCUACGAGGAGAUCCAAUCGCAUGGCGGGGACAGGACAAGCAACAUGCGGCGGUUACGCCUUUCGUUGUCGGACGACAAAUACAUUUAACGGACACGCAUUUGAACAUUUGAUUGACAGGCGAAGGAUGCGAUGACUCAGCACUUUUUUUCUUUAGAUUGCGGUGAGGGCGCAGAGACGCAAGAUGAUUGGCCGGUUUGCACAAAUCUUAGUCAUUUUGAAAUAUUUGUGUGUUUGUGUGUUACUUGAACAUGUGUUUCCAUGGCAACCAUUGCUACUGAAAAUUCCUGCCAGGACAUUUGUUACUAAUUCUACCAGUGUUAUUUUGCAACACUUCAAUUAUGGAAAUAAUUAACAGGAAUGACGGUAAAUAGAAUAUUUUUUAAAUAUUUAUAAAAAAAUGAUGUUAUUUUUUUGGGGACUGUAGACCACACACUGAAUCGACACAAACUCUUAGAAAUAGUUCAAAGAAUGAAUAAAUAUUUUUGACUGUUUAUGUCUUCCAUA